UAUAUUAGUGCAUGUGUCGCUCAGAUAGGCCCACAGAUAACAGGUGUUUCGGAUAAAGCUGUAUACAUACAUACAUGUAUGCUAACGCCAUGCUGAUAUCUCUGCUUUCCCCAGUUCUGAUACACAACAACUAUUAACAAUGUCGUGUAAGCCAGUUCUUAGUAAAUGGGUUGCAGUUGGUGUAAACGUCUUAAUUAUAGUUUCGUGUGCGUGUGUGUUCAUUCCGUUCGGAUAUAUAGACAGGUAUUUGAACUCAAACUGCAUUCUACACGCUGAUAUGGUGAGACACGUCCCGUUUAACGACACGGUGUUGAUCAUAAACGUUGACAAGUCAAGUUGGGGCGAUCAUCACAACUGCAAUUUCGUCACAUACAUGCCAGUGGUAGUAGCCAUCCACGCCUUCAUUUGGACCUGGUUCUUUGUCUACGUGAGGAAGUCUUUAAAAGAAGAGAGAAGUGAGAUAACUCUACUUCUUCCUGUAUCGGUGUUACACGGAACUCUCUUUGUGUGUAUGUUUGUCGCCAGUUGCAUCAUCAGUACCGGUUUUCAUAAUUUGUGUGAAAAUGUACACAUACUAUAUAGGUUCAAAAGUGCUUCUUGCAGUGAUAUAGCAUGGUCUACAUCGAAGGAUCAAAGGAAACACCACUUUUACUCGUUAUUCCUUCUGAGUGUGAUCUUCAGUUGGGUUGUCACAGUAUUUGUUCUGGUCCAGUGCAUUCUCAGUUCUUUAAUCGUGUGUAAAGACUCGUUUACACCAGACAAGUCUUCCAGUUCAGAGCCAGGAGACACACGCCAAGACGAAGGAACGCAAAACCUUGUCGCAGACGUGCACGCUAGUUCCACGGGUAAGAGUCCCAUAGCUACUGGAGAUGGUGACCUUUCUGAUGAAGUUUCGUACCAGGAUUAUAAAGCUCCAUAAACAUUAUGUUCAGUAAAGCCAAUGUUGUUUUUAUCAUAUUUCAUCAUUUGUUGUAAUAUUUCAUUAUUUAUAUAUUAUCAUAUUUUAUCAUGCAUCAUGUAUUAAAAGUCCCAGUGCUACGCAAGUGGCGGGGCCUUAUUGUAAUAUGUUUUGUUGUCUUGAUGUGGAAUAAAAUGCAUCAUUAAAGUGAA